UCAGGGUAUACUUUCAGGAACAAACCAAAUACAUUUGAGCAGUUUCACAAUGGUCCUUUAAAGCAAGAGCAAGAGAUCAAUGUGUACUAUCCAUUUCAGUCUCGGGCAGAAUGGUCUUUAGCCAAGUUUCUUGUGGAGAACCUCACACAAACUCAGAUCAAGAGAUUCCUCACUUUGCCCUGGGUACUACCGGUUUUACCUCAAUAA